UCAAAAUUUGUAACCUCACCUCUUAACUUCUUCUUCUUCUUCUUCUUCUUCUUCUUCUUCUUCUUCUUCUUCUUCUUCCUCAUUCCAAUUCUCAAUUCUUCUCUAUUCCUUCAAUCUAUCUAUCUAUCUAUCUACAGUUGGCACUUGCUAGCAUUCUUCAUCAUCAUGGCCGGUCGCUACGAUAGUAACCCCUUCGACGAAGAAGAGCAAGUCAACCCCUUCUCUAAUUCUGGAAGUGUUGCCCCUGUCACAAAUUCAAGACUUGCACCUCUUAAUCCUGAACCCGUUGAUUAUAAUUAUGGCUUUGGUGCCACAGUUGAUAUACCUCUUGAUUCAUCAUCAAAUGAUGUGAAAAAGAAGGAAAAAGAACUCCAAGCUAAGGAGGCUGAAUUGAGAAGACGGGAACAGGAACUCAGACGGAAAGAAGAAGCCAUUUCACGAGCUGGAAUUGUUAUUGAGGAGAAGAAUUGGCCACCAUUUUUCCCAAUUAUCCAUCACGAUAUCCCGAAUGAGAUUCCAAUUCACCUUCAAAGACUUCAAUAUGUUGCAUUUAGUUCGUUGUUGGGGCUAGUGUUGUGCCUUACAUGGAAUGUUAUAGCCGUCACUUCAGCUUGGAUUAAGGGAGAAGGUGUAAAAAUAUGGUUUCUUGCAAUUAUCUACUUCAUAGCAGGGGUUCCUGGAGCAUAUGUCCUGUGGUAUCGCCCAUUAUAUCGUGCGUUUAGGACGGAUAGUGCUAUUAAAUUUGGACGAUUUUUCCUGUUUUACUUGCUUCACCUUGGGUUCUGUAUCUUAGCUGCAGUUGCUCCUCCUAUAGUUUUCAAAGGAAAAUCCCUGACAGGCAUUCUGUCAGCCAUAGAUGUGAUUGGUGACCAUACUUUGAUUGGGAUUUUCUACUUCGUUGGAUUUGGAUUGUUCUGUCUUGAAACAUUAAUCAGCGUCUGGGUUAUUCAGCAAGUAUAUAUGUACUUCCGUGGCGGGGGUAAGACUGCUGAGAUGAAGAGGGAAGCUGCACUAGGAGCAAUGGGGGCUGCUCUACGAUGAAGCGCCUUGUGAAGGCAGUAUGAAUGCCCUGGCUGUGUUUGGUUGUGUUGUAAAUUACUUGCAACAGAAAUUGCUGACAAAAAUAUUUCAACGAUAUAUAUAUAUUUGCUGUUUCUCUCUUGUUUAACAGCUACCUGUUACAUGUGGUCUGUUAAAUGUAUAUUAUAAGCAGAAAGUGUAGACAUUAAGUGGUUUGGUAAAAGCAUGCAACAUUUCAUUGAGUUAUAUAUAGUUUUGUGGACUAGAUAUGUCACAUUUUUUGUACAAAUAAGCUCACACAGGAUGAUAAACACUUCACUGCUA